UGUUCUUGCUAUAUCCUUCCUGUUCUGGCUGCCUUCGUAUUGGCUGUCAAGCCACUCCUUAGUGUCAACAGUGUACUUUUAUCAGAGAAGGUCCUGCUCUCAGUGCUCCUCAAAGAGGGACACGUAGUAGCAGGAUAUGUGACUGCUUCCUGUAUGCGGUAGGAAUAGAGAUAUUGGCAAAAUUGUGGUCUGACUGCCUCUCAUUCCUCCAUGCCUGUUUCUCCAGGCUAUGCCCGUCUGGACCAUAAUGAGCCCAUGAACUCUUUGCGCAUCUCAGUAGGAGGACUUCCAAUGCUGGCCUCUAUGACCAACCCCACAGACCCCCGCUUCCGCAUCAAAUGGAGAGCCAUCAUCCUUGUAGUGACUAUAAUAACUCUUGUCCUUCUCAUCUACAUGCACUUGGCACCUAUUCGCUCACAGCCCAGUGGCAGAUAUGGCUGGAGGUUAAACCACCCAGAGGCUGUGGGUGAGGAUCAGUACAAUGACACUUACCCCCUUAGUCCUCCUGAACGCACCCUCCAGGGCACACGUUACCGCAUUGGGGUCAUUGCUGACUUGGACACACACUCAAGCAUUGAGAAUAAGCUGACCUGGUUCAGCUACAUGCGGAAGGGCCACCUACUAGUGUCGGAAAGUGGGGACAAAGUGGCAGUAGAGUGGGACCCAGAAAAAGUGGUGCUGGAGAGCCAUCUAGCAGAGAAAGGGCGAGGCAUGGAGCUUUCAGAGUUGGUAGCUUAUAAUGGGAAGUUGUACAGCGUGGACGAUCGUACAGGUGUGGUAUACAACAUAGAUGGAAAAAAGGCAGUGCCUUGGGUUAUACUGCCAGAUGGUGAUGGCUCUGUCUCUAAAGGUUUUAAGGCAGAGUGGCUUGCUGUAAAGGACGACCACCUGUAUGUGGGUGGUCUUGGAAAAGAGUGGACCACCACUACAGGAGAAGUGGUCAACAACAAUCCUGAAUGGGUGAAAGUGGUGGGCUUCCGCGGAGAUGUGCAGCACCAGAACUGGGUUUCCAAGUACAACUCUCUCCGCAGUGCAGCUGGAAUCAGUCCCCCAGGCUAUCUCAUCCAUGAGUCGGCUGCCUGGAGUGACACUCUCCAGCGCUGGUUUUUCCUGCCGCGUCGUGCUAGCACAGAGCGCUAUGAUGAAACGGAAGAUGAACGGCGUGCCACGAACCUGAUGCUUUGCUGCACUGCAGACUUCACAGAUAUUGUAGUAAGCCAAGUGGGACCCUUAAAUCCCACCCAUGGCUUCUCCUCUUUUAAGUUUAUCCCAAACACGGAUGACCAGAUCAUAGUUGCCCUGAAAUCUGAAGAAGAUGCUGGGAAGAUAGCAACCUACAUCUUGGCUUUCACUCUUGAUGGCCGUAUAUUGCUUCCUGAAACAAAGAUUGGUGAUGUGAAAUAUGAAGGACUUGAGUUUAUUUAGUGCCAAAAGAAUGAUCCAGAAAAAUCAGUUUAGAUGUUUCUUUUUACUUUUGUGUGAUAGGGCCUUUGUGGACAUUAAGCAUGUGAGCUGAAGGUGUGACUUCAGUCUCACUCAUGUCUUGUGAAAAGUGGGGUUGGGGUUAUUUAUUUAGAGACAGAAUAACAAGGCACACUGUUCAACUUGUCAGUGAGCGUCUCCUCAGAGCAUGUGCCAAGAACUCUGGAAGUUUAUUGUGUUUAUAGUUAGACUCUUCUCACUGCUUUUGUGGUCUCAUGCUAGUAAAAUACUGAUUUGUGAAAUGAAUGUAAUUGAGUGAAAUGAACACAAAAUGCAGUCAAAGUCUUGCACAUACAGAUACAUGUACUUCUAAAGAUGUUUGUACUGUACCAAAUAUGAUUGUGCUGAAUGUCAUUUUUUACAUGAAAGAAUCUAAACACUUGUCUAAUCUCCUAUUUGGGUGUAUGUGUGAGUGUCAUUUUGUGUCACAUAAAAAGACAAAAGCUUA